CCGGAAGUUGAUGAGGAUACGAAUGAGAGAGCAGUGGACGCUGUUUGCGGCAGUCCUGGAGUAAAGUCCUUCAUUCUUGUGGAUCUCAGAACAACUCCUUAAAACAUGUCUCACACUAUUCUUCUGGUUCAGCCCACCAAGAGGCCAGAAGGGAGAACAUACGCUGAUUAUGAAUCAGUGAAUGAGUGUAUGGAAGGUGUUUGUAAAAUGUAUGAAGAACACUUGAAGAGAAUGAAUCCCAACAGUCCGUCAAUCACAUAUGAUAUUAGUCAGCUGUUUGACUUCAUCGAUGAUUUGGCAGACCUCAGUUGCUUGGUGUACCGUGCAGACACACAGACGUAUCAGCCCAACAACAAAGACUGGAUUAAGGAGAAAAUUUAUGUUUUGUUACGUCGACAAGCUCAGCAGGCUGGGAAAUAAAAUAGUUGUACAAGUUACCCUUGUGUGCUGAUCAGACAUAAGCUUUGCAUUUCAGGGAUUUGCUGGGGAGUUUGUAUUAGAUGAGUCUAAAGAGGAAUAUGUGCUAAGAACCUUGGGGCAGGGUUGUGAGUCAAAGAUUUAGAGCAGUGGUUCUCAGUCAUAGUCUUGCAAUCCUGAGUGACCACUACAUUUUUGUCCAUGGGAAUAAAAGUUGGAGCAAGGAAAACCAUGAUGCUGAUGUGCCCAACCUUGUUCCUGAAGGUCUACUGGCCUGUAUUAGUGCCAAACUAAUUUACCAGUCUAAUUUACCUGGACUCAGUAUGCAGUGUUAGAACUCUGUCCAGUCCUGGAGAGCCACAGUCCAGUACGAUUUGGUGAUUUUCCUACUCUAAAAUGCCAGCUAAACCUGGUAAAUAACAGAUGAGUUGAAUCAGGUUUGUUAGAGCAGGAAAAGCACCAAACUGAGCUGUCUUUAGCCUGCUGGUUCCAAAUUGAUGACCCCUGCUCUAGUGGCUGGGCUUCAGCCUUCUAAACUGUGUAUAUUGCAGGAGUUCCCAGGACUAUGAUUGACAACCAGUGGUCUAGAUAAAGUUGUGAAUUGAAUACUGUGGAAGAACAUGUAUUGUACUGUACAUUAGUUGUUUAUUAAAUCAAUUAUUUGACAUUUUCCUCUUUGCCUUAGGUUGACAUUUCAUAAGUAAAUGUCUGACACAUUUUUCCUUGUACUGAAUUAUAAUAAAAUGGUUCACAUUGGUA